AUGUCCGAUCAGAGCACCGAGAAUACGGUGGCAACUCAUCCGAGCCUCCCUAGCCUGGAUUUCGGCGAAAUCGAUAUCACUCCACCAAGCUUAAGACGUCAAUCUCGGCCUCAGAGCAAACCGAUAGGUCACGAGUUUGAAUCGAUACCGCAACUUCCUUCCUCAUUCAGCGAUGCAUCUUCUCUUCUAGAUUCCAGUAGUCGUACAUCGGAUAUAGCUAUCAAAUCGAUCUCAUCGCGAUCCCAAGCAAAAAUCCAUGAUGUUCGCCAGUGUUUGAUGGAGUAUUAUGUUGACUGGAAGUGGGAAUUCUUUGCAAGCGUUAUCGUUAUUGCUUGUCCAUGCAUCAUUGUUGCGACACUAUACCCAAAUGCCGGAAAGCCUUUACCAGAGUGGCCGUUCCAAAUAUCAAUCAACACACUUCCAUCUAUCUAUGGUCUUGUGUUCAAAACGUGUCUGACUUUUAUUGUCGCUUCGUGCAUUGGACAACUUCAGUGGUUUUGGUUUUCUUCCCGUCGUCCACUUUACGACAUCGUUUGUUAUGAUAGAGCUACUCGUGGACCAUGGGGCUCCAUCCAGUUAUUGUUCUCUGGGCAUAUUCGGAAUCCACUGACUGGACUUGGUGCCAUGAUAUUGAUAGCUGCGGUCGCUAUUGAUCCUUUGAUUCAGCAACUGGUUUUGCCAUACGAUUGCGAGGUAGCAACACCAAAUAUUGAGGCGACUUUGCCCAGAACCUUUCAGUUUGACAAGAUACACAGCAAAAUGACGGACCCUACUUCCGGAUUACCAAUUAAAUCUGCAAUAUACGCCCCAGAAGACUGGAUGACCUGGCAAUGUACAACAGGAAACUGCACAUUUUCAGACACAUAUGGAACACUGGCAUACUGCAGCAGCUGUGAAGAGAUAUCGGAUAAACUCAUCUUCGAGACUACCUGUUAUGAUGGAAAUGCCAAAACUAAUGUUACUUCCGAAACAGAAUAUUGUGACGGAGUUUUAGACUCUAUCACAACAACCAAAUUCUCAUAG